AUGACUCAAAGCAAUAACCACCAUCGCCGCACUUCCUCGGGCUCCAAUGUCCCUAAGCUGAGGAACUCACGGCCGGCUUUACAUCGGAGAGGCACAUCCUUUGUCAACCACUCUAUAUCCAAACUAGGCUCUGGACAAGUCACCAAGCAGUUAGAGUUGGACGACGACCGGCAGCCCGAGAUGGCGGCUAGCUUUCUCAACUUUUGCGCCAUGUGCGAGAAGCAGAUAACAGUGCCUGACAAUUCCCUCUUAUAUUGUAGCGAAAGGUAUGAGACUCCUUAUCGCGCCACAGCCUUGACGUGCACAGCCUCCACUGUUGGUUUAAAUUCCAACCAGUUCCCCCUAGCCCUUUCUUUGUCUCAUUGCUAUCUCUUUCCUUUCAAUAACUUUCUUCUAACACAUUAUCUCUGCAGCUGUCGCCGCAAAGACUCCCACAAACCACUUUCAGCUUCCUUCUCAUCAAACUCCUCCAUGUCUUCCUCAACAACUCCACCUGCCUCUCCUCCUAUGUCUCCUCGAAUGAUUGUAGCACCCAUGACUCCCACGAAAGGUGCCGCCAGAUCCUCAAUCUCCAGGAUACCCAGCGAAUGGAAUGAUGCCAAGACGGAUCAGGAUCCAUCCGAAUGGAAGCCAGUGAUACCUAUGGGAUCCGGUGCCAGUUCUCUGGCGUCGUCAGAGGCUUGGAAUUACCUCUCCCAGUUUCAUCGUGAUGACACUAUGAUGCCGGUCCGGCGCCCUCGGUUUGAUCACCGCAGUUCGACCAGCUUGUCGGCACUCUGGAGUGCUACGGGGUCUGUUCCGCCGCUGAUGCACACGCCGUCCACAGCUGCAUCGUCGGUGAGCAGCAACGGGUCGGACUAUAUGAGCUAUAUGCAUGACUCGGCCUAUCGUCCACUGCCCCCUCGGCACAAGCCCCAGAUGUCUGGUUGCCCAAGCGCCUCGAAAGGGCUCGACUUGGUAGUGCCUCAUGUGCAUGUGAGCGUGGAAGAUGCCCCCGCCGUUAAUAUCUCCAACGAUGGGUCGAUCUUCCCCGCCAGUAGUGCGCUAUGGGAUGAGAAGCCCAGUGAAAAGACGCCCACCCUGAAGACGGCCUUGGGUUCGCCGACCUCUGAUAUACCUGCCCGUUCCCUGGAGGAGACUCCGUGA